GGCGCGGCCUCCGGAGUUGUGCGGCGGCCCCGAGGGGCGGGGGGCCGGGGGCCCGGCGGCGGCGGCGGCGACGAGCACGGCGGUUGGCGGGGCCGGCGCACCACAUCGCACCGCACCGCACCGCACCGCACCGCACCGCACGGCAGGGCGCGAGGCGGGCGGGCGCCGCCGGGCCGUUGGGGCGGGGGAGCGGCGCGGCGGCCACAGUCAUCCCGGCCCGGCGGCGAGCGGAGCGGGAACAUGGCGAGCGUAGGGAACGGCACGGAGGAGAGCGGCGGCGGCGAGGAGGAAAAUUUUGAAGAUGCCUUUGAAAACAUCCCUGUGGCAUCCAAGAUGGAUCUCAAGUGUGCUCUGGAAGAAUGUUCAAUGGCACUGAAUUUAUUUCUAAACAAUAAAUUCUCUGAAGCCCUGGAAUUACUUCGUCCAUGGUCUAAAGAUAGCAUGUACCAUGCCCUUGGGUACAGCACUAUUUUGGUUAUGCAAGCUGCUAUGACCUUCGAACAGCAGGAUAUACAAAUGGGAAUUUCUACAAUGAAGGAAGCUUUACAAACCUGCCAAAGGUUCAGGAAAAGAAGCACAGUAGUCGAAUCCUUGUCCAAUCUAGUUUCUAAACAGCCAGUGGAUCAGUUAAGCGAAGAGGAAAUGCAUGCUGAAAUCUGUUAUGCUGAAUGCUUACUACAGAAAGCAGCUCUCACCUUUGUACAGGAUGAAAAUAUGAUCAACUUUAUCAAAGGUGGCCUCAAAAUUAGAACAAGUUACCAAAUAUACAAAGAAUGUCAUCAGGUGCUACAGAUGACUCAGGGGAACAAAAGCAAAAAUGAAACUUAUCACCAGUUUGAAGGAGGAGUAAAACUUGGAAUAGGAGCAUUCAAUUUGAUGCUGUCACUUUUACCAGGAAGGAUCCUCCGACUUCUUGAAUUUAUUGGAUUUUCUGGCAAUAGGGAGUUGGGCCUCCAUCAGCUACGGGAAGGUGCAUCUGGCAGCAGUUUGAGGGCCAUUUUGUGUACUUUCACCUUGUUGGUUUAUCAUACUUAUGUCUCCUUAAUCCUUGGUACAGGGGAAGCCAACCUUCAUGAAGCAGAUAGUCUGCUCGAACCCUACCUCCGGAAGUUUCCAAAUGGUUCCAUUAUAUUAUUUUAUGCUGCUAGAAUAGAUAUACUGAAAGGAAAUUUUGAAAAGGCGCAGAUCACAUUCCAGGAAUGCAUAGCCGCCCAGCAAGAGUGGAAGCAGAUUCACCAUCUCUGUUACUGGGAGCUGAUGUGGUGCUACACAUUCCAGCAGAACUGGCUUCAGGCAUAUCGGUAUGCAGACCUGCUCAGCAAAGAGAGCAGGUGGUCUAAGGCAAUAUAUGUAUUCCAGAAAGCAGCAAUUUUGUGUAUGCUUCCAGAGGAUGAUAUGAAAAGGACUGGUGAGGACAUUGUAUCUUUGUUCAGACAAGUGGAUGGUCUAAAACAGAGAAUUGCAGGAAAAUCUAUCCCAACUGAGAAGUUCGCAGUAAGGAAAGCUCGACGCUAUGCAAGUUCUCAGCCAGUGAAGCUGAUAUUGCCUGCCUUGGAAAUGAUGUAUGUCUGGAAUGGCUUUGCAAUUGUGGGCAAAAGAGCAGACCUCACUGAAAAUUUGUUGGUAACAAUUGAAAAAGAAGAAACUGCUCUACAAAAUGAAACUAAUCACAAUGAAUAUUAUAUGGAUGACGUGUGCAUGUUGCAAUUACUGAAAGGCCUCUGUCUGAAGCACUUAGGAAGACUCAUGCAAGCUGAACUGUGUUUCAAUCAAGUAAUUCAAAGUGAGAAGCAGAUAAAAUAUGAUAAUUAUUUGGUGCCAUUCACGCUGUAUGAGUUGGGUCUUCUGUACAAACAACAGGAUGAGAGAGGAAAAGCAAUAAGAUUCAUAGAAACUGCAAAAAACAACUACAAAGAGUACUCUAUGGAGUCCAGGUUACACUUCAGAAUUCAUGCCGCACUUGACAGCUUGAAAGUGACUCCUGCUUCAACGCCUUGAAUUCACUGAGAUGAGAUGUUUUUCAUGUAUACAAUAUUCUUAUGCAACCUUUUUGGAAUUUAUUUCUUUUUUCAAUCAUGGAAAAGAAACAACCUAAUGAUUGUUUUCUCUCAUCUCUGAUUUGAUGUUUGUCAUUCCUUUGGACUAUUUUCUCUAUGGCGCAUAUACUAUAUCUACUUGAUACUUUUAAAAAAGACCUUAUAUUUUGCUUCAUAAAAAUAAUUUAAUGUUUGACUUGAAUGGGGAUAUUUAAAAAGAAAAAAACAGUUGCUGGUGCAAUAACAUUUAAUUCAAACACUUUAUUUUUUUAUAUGAAAACAGAUACUGGUUAUGCAAUGGAACUGGUGAUAAUCUCAGCAUUUUAUGGGGAUUUGAUUUUUUGCAGUACACUUGGGACCUUUUGCCUCUGGAACAAAAAUGUAAUGGUUGCAAAUAACCUUUGCCUACAUUUGGCAAAUACCAUAUGCUGAAAUUUAUGUUCCAGAGGGGAAAAUUCAUCAUCUUUGACUUAAUUUCAUUUUGGGAACAAAAUGAACUUGUCUGAAGUGCAAUAUUUUUACACUAACCUUUGAGAAAAAAUUAAGCAGGGCUACAGGUAUAAUGCCUUUGCUGAUCUAUUUCACUCAGAGUAAGUGGUUACAGGGGAUAUUUUUCAGUCAUAGAAAAGCAGGGCUACUGGGGAAAUUAAGAGAUCAUCUAGUCCAUUUUGUUUCCCUAAGGCAGAAUCAACAGUCAUGUCGUUCCUAACACACCCUUUUUUUUUUUUCAUUUUUAUUUUUAGCCUUAAAAAAAAAAAAAAAAAACCUUCAUGGAGACAGACUUUGUAACCUGUGCAGGCAGUCUUUUCCAGUGCUUCAUUAUUUUUACCGGGAAGCUUUUCCUGAUGUCUACCCCAAAUAUUUCUCGGUACAACUGAAACUGAUUACUACUUGUUGUUUGCAUCAUGGACAUGGAGAGCUGAUUGUUCUUUUCCUUUCCUUUGACUGUCUUCUAAUAUUUGAAGACUGCCCCCCUUGCUGGUCUUUCCUUUUCUUGGAUUCCAGCAGUUAAUUCUUUUCCUAAUAUAUGGGAAUAACUCAUAUAUCAAAAAGUGAAUAUGCUUUUUAACUUGGAAGAGUGAAGAGAUUAUGCAUAUUCUAACUAAGGGUUUCUACUCUUUACCAAAAAUAGUAGUAAAAUUGAGAUAAGUACAUGUGACUUUCCUUUCUCCUUAAUGUAAGGAGAGCAGUGUCAAACUGAGUUUCUCAGUUCAUACUGAUAUUGUUCCAGAUCUUGCUAGCUGUCUAUUCAUAAUGGUAAGAAUAUACUUGAUUUUUCCUUUACUUAAAUGUACCCUCCAAUACCUGUUCUGUCAUUAAUUACUGCAAAAUGUUUCCAUGUUCAUAUUUUACCAAGGCCAGUAUAUUUACUUCCCCUCCGUAAAUCCAUGGUAGCUAUUAUCCUGCAUGUGAUUGUCUAGCCCUACCCUCAUACCCCAAGAGAAAACAGAACACAAGAAAGAGCUGAAAAACGUAAAUCUUCAGUUAAUGAGAAAUUUUUCAGUAACCCAUUAAAAAGUUUAAUAUGAUGUAAAUGCUAUCGUUAAUUCUCACCAGAUUACUGAGAACACAGCUGUCUUCUAUGACUUUAUAAAUACCUGAAUUAGUAAUGUUUCAGUUGCAUUUAAAUAUGUGUAAUAUUGACAAGGGAAUACUUGCAGGUGAAGCAACAGUUUAAAAAUUUAAGCUAAAUAAACAUCAUAGGUCUUUCAGAAUGGAAGCCUAAUCCAAAGUCUGACUUCAGUAGGUUUGGAUUUGGGCCUUUUGUCUAUUGUAAGCGUGUAACUAAAUUGUUUGCUAAAAUUCCACCUGCGUAGUUUUGCAAGUUCAAUACCUAAGAGAGAGAAUGGUUGAUAAUUGCAGCAUGCCUAUGUUAAAAUAUACUUUAUUGACUGUAGCUAAAAUACAAAAGAUAUAUUUGAUUUAUUAUUAACAAAGGUUAGCAUAUGUGCUACCAACUGAGCUCUCUUAUUUCUUACAUACUAUACAUAUGCGAUUUAUUAACUAUAGGCAGCAAAAACAGGGAUUUUCUGUAUAGUAUGUAUAUUUCUGACAAUGUUGUUAGUGGCCUAUUUGGUUAUUGGCAUGUUCUGUUCAGGAUUAUUUGUGGUUUAAUCUGUACUGGACUGUAUUAAUCAGAUGAGACCUCUUCAUUUUCUCUUGAAAGGUGAUGAAAACAAUACUGGGAAAGGAUUUUUAUGAUUUGUUUGGUAAAUAAUGAUUAGCUGUACAGAAAAGUAGAACUGGGACUACUGACUCUCAGGAUGGAGCAUGAAGUAGUCUCCAAUAUGUCAUUGUUUUGGAGAAUGUUUUAUGCUGAGUAUUUUAUGAGUGAUCUGGGGUAGAAAUCAAAAUUAACAACAAGUAAAGAGACUGCUUCCUUAGAAGAUGAUUUUUUGAAAGUUUAGUACAAAAUGUAAUGUAGCAGUAUACUUUUUCAAUGAUGAUGAUACUGACUGCAGAAGUAAAGGAGAAUGUUCUGUUUUCUUUAGCUCAGCCUUCCAAGUCAAUAUUAAAUGAUGUGUCUGUGAUGCUUUUCUUAGUCUUGUUUUGGAAUCAGCCUUUUUGCACUCAUGUAGGAAACAGGCGUAUUAACACACAUUUGCCAUAUGUUGUUCAGUGUUCUAAUGCCCUUAAUUCUCCAUCAUAAGUACUAUUUACACAGUCUCUCUUUCUUUGCUGCUAUUACAAACUUUUUUAGACUCCUAAGCAGUCAGGUUUUCUUAGCUUUAUUCUGGACUAUUUUUUAAAACUGGUUAACAGUGGAAAUAGAAAUGUGUGAGAGAGUGAAUCCUAACCCAUCACAGAAGGUAGGUUUCAGUAGACUUGUAGCGAUACUUUCUCCGCCAAACACCGCAGCAGAAGUGCAUGGCUGUGGUCUCCUCUGACACAAUGCCUCAUUGAUUCAGUAGUAUUUAGUACAUUGUGUUUAAGUUAGGGUAACUAAUUUCUGGAUAAGAGUUAGGGUGAAAAAUCUAUGGCUUUUUUUACCUGCUCUGUACUGUACUGGGCCUUAAAUAUAAUUCUGCUGUAGUCUUACCACUCUUCAGAAUUUUCACCUCAUUUGUUCACAUCUCAUGGCAAUUUUGAAUAAUGCAUUGAAACUUUGAAACUGAGCUAGGUCAAGCAUUUACCUUUGAUACUCUAACCUCCAUCAAUAGGAAUUGUAUAAUGUAUCCAAGAGCAAAAUCUAAGCCCUUAGUUUAAGCAAGCAAGGCUAAACUUUCAUAGUAAUGCUAUGGCAAAAGUGGUCUUUGUGAUAAUAGAUGUUUAUUUUUUAAGGUGGGGAUAACAAAGCAGCCUAGUUAUAAGACAAAGCUUCCCUUCAGUUAAGAGUUGUCUACAUGGAAAAUACUACAGAAUUUCCUGUAUAUGCAUAUCAUUUGAAUGCUUAGUCUAUUGGUGAAAAGUUGUUAUAUUAUGAUUUUUAAGUGCUAGUUUACCACUUUUUAAUAAAAAUUAAAAUAAAAUACAUGUUAAAAGCAAGCUAAUUAAAGAUUGUGUUUUAUAUAUGUUACUAAUAUACAUGGGCAGCAGCUAUAUUUGUUACCUUAUAGCCAGAAAAAUAAAUAAUUGUACAAUGAUUGGAUCUUGUUAUAUUUCUCAAACAUUUUGCCAACUAACCUAUAUAGAAAUGAGUUCUUACGCUUGUAACAACUGCAGCUUGGGCUUUUAUUUUAUUACUAAUCUUAAUGUAUAAUGUCCUCUUGUUUCUGUAUAUUCUUAUACUGCGUAGUUCAACAAAGAAUGUUUAUAUUUGCACUAGUGGUGCAGUUUAUUUGCUUUUAAACUAUUGAGACUUGGACAUGUUAGUGAUUGGCAUUUUGGUAAAAACAAGGUUGGAAUAAUGGUGGAUGAAUGACAAAAUAUUUUCUGGUAUUUAAAGCAUUUAGAAAUGUUCUUUGUGGUGCAUUACAACAGGUUUUUGCUUUAGAGAAAUAAAUCACAUUUUAUGCUUUUGCUACCGAGA